AUGAGCUCAUUUGAUCCACAAAUACACUCACCACCGCGCUGCAGCCCGCAAUUUCCAAACAUCGGCCAAGAACCUCCUGAAAUGAACAUCUACUAUGAAAAUUUCUUUCAUCCUCAGAAUGUUCCUAGUCCACAGAGGCCUACAAACUUUGAAACUGGGGACUACAAUGCUACACCCAACCCUUACUUAUGGCUAAAUGGACCUUCCCUUAAUGCUCCACCUUACCUUCCUGGAUCCAAUGGUAGUCCAUACAUUCCACCAUCCUACGGAAUGCAAAGGCAGCUCCUGCCGAACAUGCAUGGCUUGACGGGGAAUGAAAUGGGCUGGCUCCCAAUGCCAUCUCAGGAGGAGCUGAUGAAGCUGGUCAGGCCGCCUUACUCCUAUUCUGCACUCAUUGCCAUGGCCAUCCACGGAGCACCAGACAAGAGGCUGACACUCAGCCAAAUCUACCAAUAUGUUGCUGACAACUUCCCCUUCUACAACAAAAGCAAAGCUGGGUGGCAGAAUUCCAUACGCCACAAUCUGUCUCUCAAUGAUUGCUUCAAGAAGGUGCCCCGAGAUGAAGAUGAUCCAGGGAAAGGCAAUUACUGGACUCUGGAUCCAAACUGUGAGAAGAUGUUUGACAAUGGAAACUUUAGGCGGAAGAGGAAGAAGAAGUCUGACUGCAGUGCCAGCACGGCGUCCCUUGCUUCUGACAAGUCAGAGGAUAGUGGUCUCAGUGGAAGCCCCAAAGCAGUAGAGCACCAAGACAUGUUAGAAACCUCCUCAUCUGGAACUGAGAGCUCACCUGAAAAGAGAUCACCACCACCAUCAUCCACCACUCCUUGUCUCAAUAACUUCCUAUCCAGUAUGACCGCUUACGUGAAUGGCUCUAAUCCAGUGAGCCGCUCAGUGCCUCUAGGACUUAGCACUGACACCAGUGACAAAAUGGGACAGAAUAUGGUAGGAUUCAACUCAUACUCUCCUCUUUCCAACAUCCCCACCCAUGGUAAUGGAGAGUGGUCCAAUUCCAUGUCUUCUAGCCAUCUUGGCUACAGCAGCUCAGUUCUCAAUCAGUUCAACACCAGUUUCUACAACAGCCUUUCUGCAAAUAACACUCUAUAUUCAAGAGAGGGAACUGAAGUGUAA